CCUGAAAUUAUCAUACAUGGGUGUGUGAAACACCGGGUGACUCGAUAUUAUCUACGGGCUGGAUUGGUCUUGUAAGCACCCGGCCAAGGAGGCUACCGGCCAAGCCGUCAGCUUACCAAUUUGACUGCAUCCGGGACAGCUUGAUCUAUGCAAGGGCUUGGCCUCGUACUACGAAAGAACAAGAACAAUGCCAUUGCCGGGUCUUGGAUUCACUACACAAGGCAACCGACCGAGUGACUAGUGUCGCCGGCCGAACUACCACCCUCCCCCAAGUACUCGGAAGUCAUCGUGUGAGCGAGCCACUUCACUUCGCUACUCGGUGACAGUAAUCAUGCAUGACUAAGAGCGGGUACAUCGGUUGCCGCGUUGGCAUUCCUUCGACGGCCCAGCCCAGCGGCCUUCCAAGCAUGCAGGGUCAAGGAGUGGCAAGGCAUAAGCGGCGCCAGGAUGAUUCCACGCCAAGAACUCGGAAACAGACGGGGCGGCGAAAGUCAGUCCAGCCUGAGUGUCACCUCAUCCAUAUCGGUGGCGGAAAACAAGCCGUGUGUUCUCUGGAUGAGAUGAGGCCAAGAAGGCUUGUGAGACGCCUUGGGUCAAGCUUUGCUUGGAUGGCUGAGACAAGAACAUCUGCCUGCGCACCGCGUGCUUCAUCAUCGAUCCAGGACUGGAAAGCUGCGCUUUCGUCCCAGAAGUUGUACUCCGUAGCGACCAGAAGCUACGAUCACGAGAGUAGACCGUGUCCGACCACCAUCGGCUCCGCCGAAUCUCACCCGGCUGCAGUCUCAGUUAAUAAUUGCGCAGCCUCGCUAAUGCCGCCCACUCCCGGGUGAUGAGUAGCCCCUAGAUCCUUUCAUUUGAUGGGAAUUGGAUCAGGGGUUCAGAGCUCUGAUGCAGCCUUGCCUCCAGCUAAUGCCAACUACAGAGCGCGUGGCCAACAGGCUGCACUAGGGCCGGCCGGGUAACUCUUUCU